GUGUGUGUGUGUGUCAAGCCCAGAGCAGAAUAACCCUGUGAAAGCCAGUGUGGUUUCCAUCCCAGUAGAGGCUAUGCUGACCAACGUUUUUCUCUCUGGCUAUUGAUGGAGAGAGCAUGAUAAUAUCACCAUCCCAUCUCAUCACUAUCCCAUCUCAUCACCAUCCCAUCUAUGCUUGUUUUAUUAAUUUUAAAGUUAAAAAGCAUAUGAUUUGGUCAACCGCGAUGCUCUCUGGCACAUCCUUCACUAUUCAUAUCAAUUGCCUUCCAUGUUGCUGGCCAUUCCUGCCCUACACGAGAAUUCCAGUGCUGCAGUAAAGGCUUAUGGGAAGGUAUCCGACAAGUUCCCUGUCACCAAUGGUGUCCAGCAAGGCUGUGUGUUGGCACCUGCCUUAUUUAAUCUCUACUUUGACGUUGCCACUCACAUGGCUGUGGAUGAGCACAGAUCACGAGGAAUGGGCAUCAAAGUAGCCUACCUUCAUGAUGCUGAUCUUGUCGGGAACAAGAAGACUUUGAGGUUUGAAUCUUUGGUGACUGAUCUGGAGUAUGCCGACGAUAUGGCUCUUCUCUCUGACAAUUGGCUUGACCUCACCAUAAUGCUGGAUUCCCUAUCAAACUGCUGUAAGAAACUGGGUCUUGCUAUUAGGUGCAAAAAGAUGAAACCUUAGUAGUUCUACUAUCUGAGUGCUCACACAUUCAAACUCCUGUAACAAUCCACCUUGUGCCAGUAGACGAGCCUAUUGAAACAGUCUCUCAUUU